UGACACAUCAUUUGAAAAGCAAAGUGCAUUAUUUGCUUUGGCUGUUUCAGAUGUUAUCUUGAUCAAUAUGUGGUGUCAUGACAUUGGCAGAGAACAUGCUGGGAACAGGCCUCUCUUGAAGACCGUUUUCCAGGUCCUCAUGCGGUUGUUCGACCCUCACAAGAAAACAAUGUUAUUUGUUAUUCGCGACAAAACUAAGGUGAGGGCUUGCCAGGAUGCAGUUUACGAGCUAUGAACUCAUAAGUUUCAACCCACAUGCCUGAGAGCAUGACAUUUUCGUUAAGAAGAAGGCUACUAAGACAGUGCUCGAGUUUACAAAAGCAAGGAAACAAAAAGGAAGCAUGUAAAAAAACUGUUCAUUUUUUUUCGGAACAGACGCCUUUAGAAGCAGAGAGAACAAUGAAGCCUUUCGAAAACAUUGUGGCUGAUUUACGGGAAGAUGUCCAGCAGAUAUGGGAUGGUGUCCAGAAACCCCAGACUCACACAGAUGCUCCACUUAGUGAUUUUUUCAACAUACAAUUUGAGGGACUCUCCAAUUAUGAGGAAAACCCUGAUUUAUUCAAAAACCAGGUUUCCACUUUAAGAAAUUGGUUUCGAAAAUCAAUUGGUCAUGCUGGACCUUCAGGAAAUCAGCAUGGUGUUGUUCCGGCUUCAGGUUUUUCAUAUAGUACAAAUGAAAUUUGGAAGUGCAUUAAAGAGGACAAAGACCUUAAUCUGCCUAAACAUAAAGUUAUGGUGGCUACAGUGCGUUGUGGGCAAAUCAGUAGUGAGAAAGUUGCUAUUUUUAUAGCUGACCAGGAUUGGAAACAUUUUAAGGAGACUGUUCAAAAUUACUACGUUCCCGGGUUUGGGAAGAAGAUCAGCACACUUCUGGAUAGAUGUUUAUCAGAGUAUGAUACGGAAUGCAUUUAUUAUGAUGAUGGUGUCAGAACAUCGAUAAGGCAGCAACUCGAGUCUGAAAUUUUGAAGCUCGUCUAUCCUGCGUACAAAUCUCUUAUGAAGCAUUUGCUGAAUGGAACUUUAAAAGCAUUCGAGGAGUCCUUUCAUAAGGCCCAAAAAAAACAGGAAUUUGAAGUUGCUGCUCGUGAUUGUACUCAAUCAUUCUUGCAUAAGUUCACAAAAGGAUGUGAAGAUGCUACUAUUCAACAAAUGACAUGGGAUCCUGCAACUUUCAAGAAUAAGCUUAAGCAUGCCAUCGACGCUCAUGUGGAGUCAGUUCGUGUUUUGAAACUGAAAGUGGCAGAUCUUUGUGGCAGAUCUGAGGGGAGACUUACAAGAGCUCUAGCAGAACAAGUCAAGGAGUUUCUACGUUCAGCUCCAUAUAACGCCUGGGAAGCUAUUAAAACGCUUCUUGUAGCCGAGACAAGAGCUACUGCUGCGGAUCUUGAAGAUGCUCUUUUAGAUUGGAAGGUCGAUGAAGGUACAGUGAAAGAACUGCUUUCAACGCUGGAAAAUCAUGGUAAGAGCGUUGUUGAAUCAAAGGCAAAAGAAGAAGCUGCAACUAUCUCAAUCCGCAUGAAAGACAGAUUCACGAUAUUAUUCAAUGCCGAUAUGUCAGGAGCAAGGAAUGGAAAAGUAGAUAUACAAGCAAUUGCUGAAUCUGCCCGCGAUGAAUGUAUGGUGAUGCUUUGGAUAAUAUCGGCAAUUCGGUUAGAUGGAGACGGUGAUACCUUUGAAAACUUUCGUUCCCUACUAGUACUUGAUAAGAGUUGGCAAUUGGAUCCCCUGGCCUCCAUCUCAAGGAAAAAGGAGCUGAUUCUAAAGGAGGGAACUUUAAUCUCCCUUGACAACUGCAAGUUACUCUGGAGCCAAUUUAUGGUUCACGUUGAUUGCAUUGUCACCCUGGUCCUACUUGCUGAGGGGAGACUUACGAGAGCUCUAGCAGAACAAGUCAAGGAGUUUCUACGUUCAGCUCAAUCUAACACCUGGGAAGCUAUUGAAACACUUCUUGUAUGCGAGACAAUAGCUGCUGCUGCAGAUCUUAAAUAUGAUCUUUUAGAUUGGAAGGUCGAUGAAGGUACAGUGAAAGAACUGCUUUCAACGCUGGAAAAUCAUGGUAAGAGCGUUGUUGAAUCAAAGGCAACAGAAGAAGCUGCAACUGUCUCGAUCCGCAUGAAAGACAGGUUCACGAAAUUAUUCAAUGCCGAUAUGUCAAAAGGACGGAAUGGAAAAGUAGAUAUACAAGCAAUUGUUGAAUCUGCCCGCGAUGAAUGUAUGAUGAUGCUUUGGAUACUAUCGGCAAUUCGGUUAGAUGGAGCCAGUGAUACCUUUGAAAACUUUCGUUCCCUACUACUUCAUAAGAGUUGCCAAUUGGAUACUAUCGGCCAUUCGGAGCUGAUUCUAAAGGCGGGAACUUUAAUCUCCUCUGACAACUGCAAGUUACUCUGGAGCCAAUUUAUGGUUCAAGUUGAUUCCAUUGUACCCCAGGUCGUACAUGCUGAGGGGAGACUUAUAAGAGCUCUAGCAGAACCAGUCGACGAGUUUCUACGUUCAGCUCGAGAUAACACCUGGGAAGCUAUUAAAACGCUUCUUGUAAGCGAGACAAUAUUUGCUGCUGGGGACCUUAAAUGUGCUCUUUUACAUUUUGAGCCCAAUGAAGGUACAAUGAAAGAACUACUUUCAAGGCUGGAAAAUCAUGGAAGGAGCGUUAUUAAAUCAAAGGCAAAAGAAGAAGCUGCAACUGUCUCAAUCCGCAUGAAAGACAGGUUCGCAAAAUUAUUCAAUAAUGAUGCCCCUAUAUCAAGAGUACAGAAAGAAGAAGUAGAUAUAAAAGCAAUUGCUAAAUCUGCACAGGAUGAAUGUAUGAUGAUGCUUUGGAUAAUAUUGGCAAUUCGGUUAGAUGGAGAGGGUGAUACCAUUGAAAACUUCCGUUCCCUACUACUUGAUGAAGGGCCUCAGACGACAGAUAAGAGUUACCAAUAUGAUCCACUGUCCUCCAUCUCAUGGAAAAUGGCGGGAACUUUAAUCUCCCCUGUCCAGUGCAAGUCACUCUGGAGCAAAUUCAUGGUUGAAGUUGAUUCUAUUGUCAAACCGGCCCGAGAUGCUCAGUUCAAGAGAAGGAUUCGGGAUGUAUUGUUACUUCUUAGAGUGGCAGUCAGCUUGGGGACUGGCAUGCCUAUACCUUUUUGAUGGCGUGGCAUAAUUGUUCGGCCUUCAACAAUGCAGAAUUGUAGUAUAUGGCUCUAACAAACUCUUCAAUUUGUUUAGCACCGAG